UAAAGGACACUCUCCAGGAGCCAAUGGGCAUCUUCUCCAUCCUCGAAGAGGAGUGUAUGUUCCCCAAGGCUUCAGACACUACCUUCAAGAACAAGCUGUAUGACCAACAUCUUGGUAAAUGCAAGGUAUUUGAGAAGCCAAAGCCCGUCAAAGGCAAGGUGGAGGCCCACUUUGCCCUGGUGCACUACGCUGGCACUGUGGACUACAACAUCCCUGGCUGGCUGGACAAGAACAAGGACCCCCUGAAUGACUCAGUCUGUCAGCUGUACGGGAAGUCCUCAGUUAAACUGUUGGCUGCCCUGUAUCCUGCUGCCCCACCUGAGGAUACAACCAAGAAAGGAGGCAAGAAGAAGGGUGGUUCCAUGCAGACAGUGACCUCCCAGUUCAGGAGAACUUGGGCAAACUGAUGACCAACUUAAGGAGCACUCACCCUCACUUUGUGCGCUG